AUGUCUACCCCACACAAAUUAUUUUACAAGGGUUCCAGCGCUGACUUCGUCAUUUUCGUCGAAUCGCCUGAAAUCCUUGCCAAGUACCACAAGGGUGAAAACAUUCCUUUGAUCGACAUUGUUUCCAUUUACAAGGUGUUUGUCAACAGACAAGGUGGUGUUGAAGGUAAAUUGGAUGAGGCCUCCAAGGAAGAAUUGCAAAAUGAGUUUGGUCCAAAGGCAAAGGCUGACGACGCUAUCCGUGCCAUUUUGGAGGCCGGCGCUGACAAGUCUGGCGUUGGUGCCAUUAAAAGUGAUGAUCCUUACAGAGGAGAGUAA